CACACACACACACGCAGUCGCGACGGUGUUGCGGUGCAGUGCAGUAGCCGUCAUAGUCGCGGUCGAGAAUAUGGAAAGAUGUAUUUGAAGCGCACGUCCAAGUUGCUGGAUCUGUCGUCGCGGGCCACCGCGGACGUGCAUUUGCGCGAUCUCAUGUGCCCGGUCUGCCGCGGGAUAUUAAUCGAGCCAGUGACGCUGCCGUGUACACAUAACCUCUGCCUGCGCUGUCUCAAGGGUACGUUCGAGCACAACAGCCUGAGCUGUCCCCUGUGCCGGGUGCGGGUGGGCUCCUGGCUCCGCAACGCGACCAAGUCCGAGACCCUGGUGAACCACGGCCUCUGGGAGCUCAUCAGGACCAAGUUCCCGAAGGAGGUCGAGAACAAGCAUAAUGGCGAGGAGGGGGAUCUCGUCAGCUUGGACGCUGAUUAUGCAACGAAAAGGAUACUCAGCGCAGCUGGAGAGAUACACAGGGAAUAUGAGGCGCAACUUCAAAUGGCCGAGGAAGAGAAGCGUCGUGAAAAACAAGCCGAACAGAUAGCCAGCGAGGCGUUGAUACAAAAGAUUCAGGUGGAGGAGCAUCAGCUGUUGCUGGCUCAGCUGGCGCAAGAUCAAUUGCUAGCCAAGACCUUGGCGAAGCAGCAGGUUGUGAAGAAGCACAAGGAGGCAAAGUGUUACAACCAGUGUUUGAACGCGUCGGGUUACAUCCUCGACGCGUCCAGCUUUAAUCCUAAGGCUCUUGUAAAUAAUCUCGAAACAUCAAAAACCGAAACCGUAUUCGAAGGCAGACAGAUGAGUCUUCCCGAGUCUGUUGGCGACAGUUCGAGGCCGAGACAAACAAAUGCGACACUGCUAUCUAAAAUCGAGACAAUGUGUUCCAAUGUGUAUGGCUCUAACGAGACGAAUGCAUCCAGUAUGCAUAAAGUUUCGGUUAAAUAUUGUCAGAAACAAAUACCAGUGUACAACGCUGUCACGAAAACGUUGAAGCAUCAGACAGUGUCCAAAUUCAUCCAGCCUUGCACCUCGAAUUAUUCCAUGGAUCCCGGAUGCUCCACGUCCAAAGCUUACAUGAUGGAAACUAAGGAAGAGUUGCGGGUACCGAGCGAUGUGGUAAAUAGCAAAAAGAAGAGUUUAGGGAUAGAGAUCUGUAUGACGCUGGCCGAUGACGACGAAAGGAUAGGGAGUGCCGAGAGUUCCGGCAGUCACGACAGCAUAAAUCAGGAGAUUCAUCAUUUCAAGCCGAUCAAGACGGUGCCAAGGACGAAACUAAAAAUUUCUUCAGAUGGAAAACAGAUAGAUCCGAAAUUGAUUAGAGUGAUCCCAGUUUUAAAGAGAGCGUCUAAUGCAGUGCCAAAAGCUCCAUCCCCGACGCACAUGAAACGUAUAAUUGGAUGUUCUUGGAGCGCUUUUAAAGGUAGGAUAAAACAGGACGCGAAAGAAAAGCAAGUUGCGCACCAUCUAGAGAAUUUGAGGACGUUGCUCGAUCAGCAGCCGUCGACGUCGCUCGAUCAUUCUCAAACGGUUUCGAAUAAGUCGACGACGAAGCCUCAGACAAACGACGUUAUCCGCCGACUCGAUUUUGUGCCCGAAUCGUCAUUCGACAGUAAUAAGAAUUAUACGAAGGAAGCAAACAAGAUAGUUAAUGGCCUUAAAACGAGCAAGAAGUCGUCGUCGGACGAUGAAUCGGACGCAAGAAAAACUCGCAAGUCUUGGAGGACGCGCGUAAGAAAUGGUAUGAUAGUGAAAUCCAAGGGGAAUAGAAAUCUGCGAAGUAAUAAGAGAGCAACUGGAUUCACGUUGAACGUGAUAGACGAGGAAGAGGACGACCCGACGAACUCAUUCGACAAACUAAGUCCGCAGAACGACGAGCAGGAUGACGACCGCGAUGUAGCAGUGGAAAAUAUAGCAGAGCGGAUUAAAAGAAGAAAAGAAAACAUGGAGAAAGAAGCGUCGAAGCAAAACAUUGAAUCCAAUACGUCUAAACGAAACAGAGCACCAACGAAAAAGAAAGCACUAUCCGAAAGGAGGGACGAGAGUCCCACGACGGAUCACGUCUCGACGUUUGAAGAGAACGCGGAAGUCGAUGUCGGACACUCCGGGGCGAGGAAAACGAAGCGGAGAAAAAUCAGCAGGACUUCCCAGAACAAUACGGAGGAUCCGGAGAAGAACGAGGAACUUUCUUCAGACGCGAGCGGUAAAGCGAGUCUGAGAAAGUCCGCGCGAAACUUGACGAAAACCUCCAAGACGGAUGAUCCUGCAUCAGACGGGUCGCGCAACAAGAGUAACAGUAGGUUUAACUACGACUCGCCACCGGAGUCUUCCGACGAGGAGGAGGACGUCCCGGAGACCAUCAUCGGAGACCACAUCGUCGAAUUUUGCGACAGCGAGAUGCUCUCCGACAAGGAAGCGAUCGAGGAACAGCAACGGAUCGAACGAUUGUUGCUGCAGGAGCGAGAGGAUUUCGAACUUGCGCGUCGUUUGCAGGCGCAGUUCGACGAGAUGGAGCGAAUAGCCGGGCGUCCUAGACGUACGAGAAAGACUAUCGAGAGCGAGAGAAGCGUCGUCGAGACGACCAACGCGACGGGGACGGUCUUUAAAACGACCGACGAACGAAAAUCAAGCGUUGUCGAUCGAGCCGCAGCUAAGAGGAAACGCGGCCGGCCGCCGAAACGCGUAAAAAUCGCGGUCGAAGACGAGACGCGCGCGCGAUAAUCCUUCGCGCACAGCUCGAUGUUCCUAUAAGCCAUAUAUUGAAGGAAAACUGGAGUUCAAUGGAAGACUAUUUGCGACUUUGUAUAGUGUCUUACUUGUAUUUUUUAACAGAGAGAUCGGUUUUGCGUCGUGUCGAAUGCGUACCUGGAUAACAUUUUGCGAGAAUAUAAAUGCGCAGCGUAUAAAUGCAGAUCCUUAGAUUGUUACAAUGUCGUGUUUUUCGGUGUCCGCUCUACGGAACGUUUAAUGCGCGCCUACGUGCCGUUUUUUUUUGUUCCUAACGUAACUUCGAUCGUGCACGUUUUUUAAAAUAGCAAAAUAGAGAAACCACGACUUUUACUCGGAAUAUGCAAUACAUUUCCCGGAAGGACCGACCGAAAUUUUCAACGAGAUUUGUUCGGUAGAAUUCUUAUGUCAAAAGGAAUUCUUUUAAUAUUAUAAAGUCGAGAGAGCUUCCGGGACGCGCCUCGUAUCUAUUUUUAUUACUCUUCUUGACGAAAUGAAAUACCGCUACAAUCAAAACGAAGAAUGACAAUAUUUGCAAACGAGACAUUGUUAAAUUGGGCGACGAGCGAAAGGAGGGAUAAGAAAUGCACGUGUCCGUAAUUUCGACGACGAUAAGAGUGAUGCAUGCGAGAUUGAGAAAAAGUGUAAUUUUAUAUACACCGAUUACAAUUAUUUUUUAAGAGAGCUUGUCCAUUUAGGCUUAAGUCGCUAACUCGUUGCAGCAGUCCAUAACAAUUGUUAGAUGUACGCAAGUUAAUUGUAGCUUCUCUUUUAUUGAAAGUUCGAUUAUGCGUGACAGCUGACAGCUGGAUCCUUUGAUCAUUUCUUCGCCGUCAGCAGAAAAUAAUUCGCCAAAUUACAGAGUGACAAUCGCUCGAUCAAAAGAGGACUAACUUUUAUUGCGGUUUGUAAUAAUGAAACUUUCUAUCAGGAAUUGCUUUAUCGCGAAAUAAUACGUAUUUAUAUUUCUAUGUCUGGCGUUAUGUCUUGUUGACAUAAAUUACUACCAAUUAAAAUUAAGGGAAUUUCGAUCGAAUCUACGUUUUUCUCAAGCAUAUAAAAUUAAGGGGGGGAAUCACGUUAACUUCAGUUAUCCUUAGCUAACGUUCACGCAAACUAUUCUAAUGUAUAUAAUAUUUGUUACAUGACACUUGUAUAUCGAUAUCAUCAUCGAGAAAGACAUUCUUUAGCGAAUAUAAUUAUUGUAUAGCGUUAAAAAAGAGGAAUUAUAUGUUUGACAAGAUGCGCUUGAUGUCGCAAUUGUCUACUGUCAGCUUCAACGGCCUUGAUUAUAUCAUACCGCAAUUAUCGAAUAAAUUGUUAUAUAUUAAGCGUUA